CAAAUACUAACUGCCAAAUGGUCCUUUUGUGCUGUUGUGUGGCUCAAUCACAGUAGUUAGAGUCCGUGUUUCCAACCUUUUCUUUACCCCCUUCUCUUUUCUUCUUUAUUUCUUUUGAAUUUGAUUCUGCAAAGUUCAAUUCAAUUCAAUAUAAUUUUCCCUCUACGUUUGUGUCUGCAAUUGCAUAUAACGAUUAGGGUUCAUGCUACACUGACCUCGGUUUCGGUGUUUCAAGUUCAGACACAUUCUUGUCUGCGUACACCAUUCAUCUGAAAAUGAGUGCGUCCAGAUUCAUAAAGUGCGUCACCGUUGGUGACGGUGCUGUCGGCAAAACCUGCUUGUUGAUCUCCUACACCAGCAACACUUUCCCCACGGACUACGUGCCCACCGUGUUUGACAAUUUCAGUGCUAAUGUUGUUGUGGAUGGAAGCACCGUAAAUCUGGGUUUGUGGGAUACAGCUGGUCAGGAGGAUUAUAAUAGAUUAAGACCCUUGAGCUACCGAGGAGCUGACGUUUUUAUACUUGCCUUUUCUCUCAUUAGCAAGGCUAGCUAUGAAAAUAUUGCUAAGAAGUGGAUCCCUGAACUAAGGCAUUACGCCCCUGGCGUUCCAAUAAUUCUCGUCGGAACCAAGUUAGAUCUUCGGGAAGAUAAGCAUUUUUUUAUGGAUCACCCUGGUGCUGUUCCAAUCACUACAGCCCAGGGAGAAGAAUUGAAAAAACUGAUUGGUGCUCCAGCUUACAUUGAGUGUAGUUCAAAAACACAACAGAAUGUGAAAGCUGUCUUUGACGCUGCCAUCAAGGUGGUUCUCCAACCACCAAAGCAAAAGAAAAAGAAGAGGAAGGCACAAAAAGCUUGCUCCAUAUUAUGAUCGAGAAUCAGAAAUUAAUAUUAGGCAGUGACUGUCUGACCAACUCUUACUGCUGCAUCUCAUCAAUUUGUAUUGUUUUGUUCCUUGUCCUCCCUUUGAAGCAAGCAGGAGGCUAUGUACAGUUUGAACUUGUAUUGUUUGGAUCAUUCCUCAUUUCAUAUUUUGUAACCACAAUCAACUUAAUUAUAUAACUGUCAAUUUCCUUUCGUCUUUUUCU